AGGGAGGGAGGGAGGGAGGGAGGGAGGGAGAUUGUGCAUUGAAGAUCCUGGUGCAUUUGCGCAUGUGCGAGCAGUUUGGCGGACGAGAUGGCGUCCCGUCCAGUCCUUGGAAUCGAUCUCGGCACUUCGUUCUGCUGCGCAGCAGUUUACCGAAACAAGCAAGUCGAAAUCGUUCCCAAUGGGAUCGGAUCACGUGUCACGCCAUCGGUGGUGGCUUUCAACGGUGAAAAAUGGCUUGCUGGCGAAGCCGCAAGGAUGUUUGGGGAGCGGCAUCCUGAGCGAUGCGUAUUCGAGAUCAAGCGCGUGAUGGGGCGAUCGUUCCUCGAUCCCAAGCUCGUCCAACUGAGGGCCAUGUGGCCUUUCGAGGUGGAGGCUGGGCCAACCGGCGGGGUCUUAAUUCGAGUCCCGGGAGCAUCGGGCGAGGAGUUGCUCGAGCCGGAGGAGAUUUCUGCCAUACUGCUGAAGGAGAUGAAGAGGAUCGCGGAGAAUUUUCUGGACGGUGUUCUAAUCUCGGAUGCGGUGAUCACAGUCCCAGCCUACUUCAACGACAGUCAACGGGAGGCGACUAGGAAGGCCGGUGUGCUGGCGGGGCUGAACGUGCUGCGCUUGAUGAACGAGCCCACGGCCGCAGCCUUGGCGUACGGAUAUCAGCGCUUGAUUGGCAAGCCAUCCGCGGGAAAGAAUAUAAUGGUCUUCGAUCUGGGCGGGGGAACGUUCGACGUAUCGAUCAUAGCCGUGAAGGAGAGAGAUGGGGAGGAGUGCGACUUCGAGGUUAGGGCGGUGGAAGGGGAAUCGCAUCUUGGAGGCGCCGACAUCGACAACGUGCUGACGAGGCAUGUGGCAGACGAGUACGAGCGUCGGACGAAGCAGAGCAUUCUCAGCCAUCGCCAGGUCCGUCCGAGGCUGAGACAGGCCGUCGUCGCUGUCAAGCACACCCUUUCCUUCGAGGAGGAGGCGGAAAUCGCUUUCGAAAGCGAAGGGGUGGAGUUCAGCAUGUCAAUCGACCGGCCACGGUUCGAAUGCUUGAACGAACAUCUCUUUGGGAAGUGCAUCGCUGUCGUCGAGAAGGCUCUUCGAGAGGCGGGCAUCGGGAAGCACGAAAUCUCGGAGGUAGUUUUGGCAGGAGGAUCGACAAGGAUACCGAGGGUACAAGAACUGCUCACCAAGUUCUUCGAGGGUAGGAGACCCUUGAUGACCGUCCACCCUGACGAGGUGGUGGCGUACGGGGCGGCGGUGCAGGCAGGAGUCCUGGCGCCGGGGUUGAGGGAGGAGGACAGGCCCGCCAUAGCCGUCGAGGACAUCACCGCGUUAAGCAUCGGCGUGAAGACGACCUUGGGUAAGAUGUGUGUCAUCAUACCCAAAGGAUCUCCGAUACCGGCAAAAGGAUCGAAGAACUUCCAUUUCAACAAAGACGACGGGACCACCAUCGUCUUCCAGCUGCACGAGGGCGAACGUGCUCUGUGCCGCCAUAACCGAUUCUUCGGCGAGCUCGUUCAGAAGGGCUUCCUGCCAUUACCAGGGACGGGAAAGGCGGUCUCGAGGAUCGCACUGGAAGUGGACAGCGAUGGGAUUGUCCGUGCGACGGCGGAGGCGACGGCCAAUCACAAGGAAGUAGGGAGCAAGGUGGAAUUCCAAGGAGUGCUCCGCAAGGAUGGCGCUCUUGCGGCGGUCACUCCAGAGGACGGGGAGACAGAUUGGGAAGAGAUGGACAAGUACAUAACGGCCGCUCUGCGAUCGCGAAGAGAGCUCCGGAACUUAGCGUGGGAGAUCCGAGAGCAUCACUUCUCGAAAAUGACUACGGCAGAAAAAGCGAAGGUGAACGAGGUAUUGAACUGGUUAAGCAGCGAGGUCGAACCUGGAUUCCAGAGUGUUUACGAAGGCAAAGUCUCUAAGCUCAUCCACCUGAAAAGGGAGGUGGAGAACCGCCCAAGCCCGUCGUUUUUCCACUGGUACGCCUGGCCAUGGAGGCCAUGAGGAGGGUGAGGCCAUACUCCCACAGGGACUUCUCUAAAUAUUUAGGACUGCUAUUGAGGCGACAGCUGGAGGGAUCUGCCUGCAAUACCGUCCAG